AUGCCUCGCCAGGCCGCCUCGCGGUUGGUGGUGGGAGAAGGUGAAGGACCCCCGGGGGCUUCCGGGCCCGCGGCUACCAUGCUCCGCUCCCUGCUGCUUCACUCUCUGAGGCUCUGCGCCCAAACCGCCUCGUGCCUCGUGCUGUUCCCGCGCUUCCUAGGCACAGCCUUCAUGCUCUGGCUUUUAGAUUUCUUGUGCAUCCGCAAGCAUUUCCUGCGUCGUCGUCAUCCUGACCACCCUGAGCCCGAAGUAGAGCUCAACAGUGAAGGCGAGGAGGUGCCCCCCGACGACCCACCCAUCUGCGUAUCAGACGACAACCGUCUGUGCACCCUGGCCUCUCUCAAGGCCGUGUGGCAUGGCCAGAAGUUGGAUUUCUUCAAGCAGGCCCACGAGGGUGGCCCUGCGCCUAACUCGGAGGUCAUCCGGCCUGAUAGCUUCCAGAGCCAGCACAUCCUUGACUAUGCACAAGGGAGUCGCCCACUGGUCCUCAAUUUUGGCAGCUGUACCUGACCACCGUUCAUGGCGCGAAUGAGCGCCUUUCAGCGCCUGGUCACCAAGUACCAACGUGACGUUGACUUUCUCAUCAUCUACAUCGAGGAAGCCCACCCAUCCGACGGCUGGGUCACCACAGAUUCGCCCUACACCAUCCCACAGCACCGCAGCCUGGAGGACCGUGUCAGUGCGGCAAGGGUACUGCAGCAAGGUGCACCCGGCUGUGCUCUGGUCCUGGACACCAUGGCCAACUCCAGCAGUUCCGCAUACGGUGCCUAUUUUGAGCGCCUCUACGUCAUCCAGAGUGGCACCAUCAUGUACCAGGGAGGCCGUGGCCCGGACGGGUACCAGGUGUCUGAGCUUCGCACUUGGCUGGAGCACUAUGAUGAGCAGUUGCAUGGUACUAGGCCACGUCGAUUCUAAAUAGCCCAGGGACAAGUGACUGACAUUGGAGGGCUAGGCCUUCCAAGUCCACAUGCCAGUGCUACAAUGAAGUCAAGAGUAUCUGGGUGCCCAUGCCCCAGAUGUGCACAGCCACAGAACUCAGGCUGGCUGAGUCUGGCUCUCAGCCACCUAAAGACUCUGCUAUAGUGACUCCCAUUUGUACCUGCUUGGCUUGCUCUAGGGAGCAUUGCUGUGGCUGGCAACUUUGUCCCUGAUGGAGUUUACCUGCUGGACUUUCUCACACCUGCUCCCAGUGCUCCUUCAGCAAUGCAGGAAUGUCCGUAGCAUCUCACAGCUCUGACUUGUUAGCCACGCCCGCGCGCCCUGAGCGCAGCUGGGUUCCAGCAGCACCACAGGCUCUUGCUAGUUGCCUGGCACCCACCUGUCGCGCGCGCAGGGAGUCCUGCUGCUUUUGUGUUUAUGUCUUGUCCCUGAGUUGGGGGAGGGACUCAGGAUAGGGAAAGGGUGGGCAGGGUAUUUUCCCCGCCUAGCUUUGGGUGCACUGGAGCCCGGCUGCUGAUGACGAACCGUCUCUAACUGGACUUGUCCACGGGUCGGCUCUGAAUUGCAGGAGGGCUCUAAAACAGCGCCUAAAGUAAGAGGGGGAGAAUGCUCUGGGUUCCAUAACGGAACCGCCAAAAAUGGGGUGGAAGAGGGACCAAAGGAAGUGGCUUGAGGU